AUGCCGCUUCCCCCCGCCCUGCUGGCCCGCCUGGCCAAGAGAGGGAUUGUUAAACCUUCAGAGCAAGGUAGCGGAGAACAUUUUACAAGAAAAUCCCGGGCUUUAGGAGCGCCCUUCUGUACAUUUCAUUUAUUUCUCAUGUAAUGACUGUUUUCCUCCAAUCCAUCCAGAGAUAGAUGAGGAGAUUAUUGCAGAAGAUUACGAUGACAACAAUGUAGAUUAUGAAGCUACCAGACUGGAAAAUCUUCCUCCCAAUUGGUACAAAGUCUUUGACCCUGCUUGGUACGUAUACACUUGGUUUCUUCAGUAAGAUCUCACAGUUGACUGACGAUUCUUUAAUGCUCUGAGUGCUCAUAUAGAUUUAUUAUGGGAUCCAAAAAGCGUACAGUUUUAAUUACAAAUUACGUUUAAAUGCCACUUUCAUUUUUGCAUUCAUACAGCUUGUUUUGAAAAUAACCUAGUUGGUGUAUUGGGGUGGGGAAGAUCAGAUUGUAAACAUUUGCAUCUUCGAAAACAAAAAUAUUUAUUUGACACAGAAGCAGACCUUUGAGAAAAGGAAUUACAUAAUUAAAGCAGCUCGAAUUAAAUAGAAAUACUGCACAAUAAACUGAAUCUUACUGUUGGCUGUGCAGUUUUUAAAUGUACUCGAUUAUUUAAUGGAAGUAAAAAUGUCAUUGUUAUCCUCCAUCCACAGCGGUCUUCCGUAUUACUGGAAUGUGGAGACGGAUUUAGUGGCCUGGCUCUCCCCGAAUGACCCAACAGCAGUGGUUACAAAAGCUGCCAAGAAAAUAAGAGGUAUGGUUUUAUUAAGGACUCAUGAUAUUAGUUGUUUUAUUCUGGCAAUGGUUUAUUUUAUCAGAAUGUCUUCUUUUCUUUAGUAGAGGGAGGAGAAGAAAGAAUCGAGAGGCAGUUUGAAAAGCCAGACAGAGAACGUGAAAGGGAUCGAGAACGGGACCGAGAGAGAGAACGGGAAAGAGAUCGGGACAGGGAUCGGGAAAGAGACCGCGAAAGAGAACGGGAAAGGGACGAGGGGAGAGACAGAGACAGAAGGAGGCAGAGGAGGGAAGACGCAGCACCGUACAAUAAGGGCAAAAGAGGUAAUGUUACAACUGUUUGAUAAAGCACAGUUAUAAUCCAAUCAGUGAUGCUUCUAUUAUGAAAGGAUGAUCCAUGUGAAUUUUCCUUUCAGGUAGAAAAGAUGACGAGAUGGACCCCAUGGAUCCAAGUGCUUAUUCUGAUGCUCCAAGGUAAAGUGUUCAGACUCCUGAUCAUCAGACGUCUCAUAGACUUAUAUCUUCUCAGUCUUGUAAAAUUAUGUCACUGCUCUUUGAGGAUACAAAACCAAAACAUUUAUUUACACAAACUUGUUCAUCUUCUCAGGGGCACAUGGUCAAGCGGUCUGCCCAAGCGUAAUGAAGCAAAGACGGGCGCAGAUACCACAGCGGCAGGGCCUCUCUUUCAGCAGCGACCGUACCCGAGCCCGGGCGCCGUGCUUCGGGCUAACGCAGCAAAUCAAAUACCCAAGGAGUAG